GUGGUAAUCUGUAUUUUAAUCUAAGUUGCUGUGUCUGCUAAAUCAUCUUCUUGUCCGAAGCUCUCACCUACAUACAUAUUCCCUUAGAUCUUACUCGCCGCCGGUGAGUCAUCAGUCAAUCAGUUCAGUAAAGAUGGCCACAUCUUUGUUUAUUCUCAUCCACCUUUCAAUCUUUCCUUCAAUUUCAGGCCUCGAUUUUCUCUUCAAUUCUUUCAAUACCAAUACCAACACCAACAUCACGCUCAACGGCGAUGCCAAAAUCGAGCCCCCAGUGAUCCGACUAACCAACGAUUCGAACCAGUUUUCCUUUGGCCGAGCAUUUUACCCAACAAGAAUUUCAAUGAAACCCGUCUCCAAUUCCACUGUUUUAUCCUCGUUUUCAACCCAAUUCGUAUUUUCAGUACUGCCGGAGAUCAGUUCAAGCCCCGGCUUCGGCCUUUGCUUCGUCCUCUCCAAUACCACCGAACCCGCUGGAGCUUUCUCCGGGCAGUACUUUGGUCUAUUCUCCAACGGCAAUACCGUCGGCCCACUUCUUGCCGUGGAAUUCGACACCGGAACAAACGCAGAAUUCGACGACCCAGAUGACAAUCAUGUCGGUAUAGACCUAAACAGCAUCGUAUCGGUGAAAACUGAGCCCGCCGGAUAUUAUAAUUCCAGUGGAGGUGGUUUGGUGCCCGUGAAUAUGCGGAAUGGUCAGAAUAUACAUGCUUGGAUUGAGUUCAAUGGGUCUGAGUUUGAAAUCAAUGUCACCAUAGCUCCAGCCGGCGUGGCGAAACCAUCUAGACCUUUGCUUACUUACCGAGACCCGAUCAUAGCAAACUAUGUGUCGUCGGAGAUGUAUGUUGGAUUUUCGUCAUCAAAGACUACCUGGGUUGAGCCACAAAGGGUGUUGGCUUGGAGUUUGAGUGACACUGGUGUAUCCAGAGACAUUAACACUACUAAUUUGCCGGUUUUUAAGUCGGAGUCCUCGUCGUCUUCGUUGUCUCGGGGAGCUAUUGCCGGAAUCACUAUUGGUUGUGUUGUUAUUUUUAUUUUUUUCUUGAGUGUUUGUUACUGGUUUUGGCGAAGGCAAGGGAACAAAGGUGAAGAAGAUGAUGAGAUUGAAGAUUGGGAGCUUGAGUACUGGCCUCAUAGAUUCUCUUAUGAAGAGCUAAGCCAGGCCACCAAGGCCUUCUCUAAGGAUGAGCUUCUUGGGUCAGGAGGCUUUGGUCGAGUGUACAAGGGAAAUCUCCCCAACAACACUGAGGUUGCUGUGAAGUGCUUAAACCAUGACUCAAAGCAAGGCCUUAGGGAAUUCAUGGCUGAGAUAUCGAGUAUGGGUAGGCUUCAGCACAAGAAUUUAGUCCAAAUGCGAGGUUGGUGUCGAAAAGGUAAUGAAUUGAUGCUUGUUUAUGAUUACAUGCCCAAUGGAAGUCUUAACAAUUGGAUAUUUAGUAAGCCGAAGAAGCUAAUGGGUUGGGAAGAUCGGAGGAGAGUUUUGGCUGAUGUUGUGGAGGGAUUGAACUAUUUACACCAUGGUUGGGAUCAAGUGGUUGUUCACAGAGAUAUAAAAUCGAGCAACAUUUUGUUAGAUAAUGAAAUGAGAGGUAGGUUGGGUGACUUUGGGCUAGCAAAGUUGUAUACACAUGGUGAGGUGCCAAAUACGACCCGUGUGGUGGGCACACUUGGGUACUUGGCCCCAGAGGUGGCUACAUUGGCGGCACCAACCGCUGCCAGUGAUGUUUAUAGCUUUGGAGUGGUGGUGUUGGAGGUGGUGUGUGGGCGGAAGCCAAUAGAGCAUUGGGCAGAGAGAGAGGAAGAUGCCAUUUUGAUUGAUUGGGUGAGGGAGAAGUAUGAAGAGGGGAAGUUGUUAGAGACGGCAGAUGAGAGAAUCAAGGGGGAGUAUAAGGUGGAGGACAUGGAAGCUAUGUUGAAGCUUGGUUUGGCUUGUUGUCACCCUGAUCCAGUUCGCAGGCCUACCAUGAGGGAGGUGGUGGCGAUCUUGGUUGGCGAGGUGGUGGCUGCAGCCCCAAGGGAUUUGUUAUCUGAAUUGGUACCUGGUGGGAUUAGCAACAGUGAUGGCAGAGGUGAGGGCACAGAGGGGGCAUCACCACCGCAAGUUCUGGUGUGAAUAUAGGUCCUUUCUGCUUAUUAUUCUGUCUUGAUUUAUUUUUGUAAAUCAUUCCAGUUUUCGUCGGGAUUGUACAAAGUUUUCUUGAGCAAGGCACUAAUGUGAUACAUAUUUUUAACUUCAUCUUGCCAUUUUUGUAUUACGAGUGAAAGAUUUGUGUUAUGUUUUGUGCAAUGAAUAGCUAUUGCAAUCUUUUUCAUUCCUCGAAUCAAU